AUGAAGCAAAAGAGAAGGAAUGGUCUUGAUUCUGGAGAUGAUGCUGAGACGGGUCCAAAGGAACGCGGGAGACUUCAGGAGAGCAUCCGUCAGUGGAAUUUAAACCAACUCAGUCUGUUUGAGAUCACCGAACCUGAUGAGCACUCUAUUUUUCAUGGAGUUAUUCGUUUCCACCUUCAAGACCAUGUUUCAGGGAACUGUGCCACCAAAUGCAUUUGUAUCUCAAGCACUUCUACCACAAAAGAGGUCAUUGAAACCCUGCUGGAGAAAUUUCAACUUGACGAAGCCUCGCAUCCACUUCCAUAUUGCUUGUAUGAGGCCUUUGGAAAUGAAGAGGGAAGACAACUGCAUCUUUCAGAAAAGCCCUUGGUAGUUCAACUCAACUGGGCCAAAGACAACACAGAUGGGCGAUUUGUCUUGAGGAAUGGCACUUAUGUAACUUUGCAGGUUUGUGUCACUAAUGGCUGUUUGGAAACUAUGGAAAAAGUUGGCUUAAUUGAGAAUUUCAAAAGGACUUUAUCAAGGAAGGAGAAGACAAAAGAGAAACAGAAGAGAAAAGAACUUUCUAACAGUCUCACAUUGGAGAAAGAUGAAUAUGAGGAUGCUUUCUUGCUUGCUGUGGUCAAUGACAUCAACAGCUCCACAAUCCACUUCAAGCUCUCGCCUGCAUAUGUGUUUUAUCUGGUUGGCCGAUUUAUAACCAGCCAGUCAGAACAGAGGAAUAAAACCCCCCAACAGGCUGAACAGAACAUCUGCAGGGUAUUUGACAAAAUUGUGCGCUUGAUACAGGAUGUCAUUCAGAAACAGAGGAACAUCGCAGUGGCUCUUGCCUUCUGGAUGGCCAACACAUCUGAGCUCCUCAACUUCAUCAGGCAGGAUCAGGCUCUGUCGCCCAUCACACUGCAGACUCAAAACACUCUCGCUCAUCUUGUGCAACAGGCAUUCAGGUACUUGUCACAUCGACUUCGGGUUGAUCUUGAAAACUACUUACCUGGAUUCUUUACUGAUGUAAAGGAGACAGCUCAGGCAAAAGAAAUAGAGGGUGUAUUGAACGCUCUCAUAAAGACCAUGAAUUUGCUCCGGAGAUGUCGGGUCAACCCUGCUCUCAGCAUCCAGCUGUUUUCUCAGCAAUUACACUUCAUGGGCGCCUGGCUCCUGAACAGGCUCACAGGGGCCGGGCCGGGAUCUACACUGUGCUCACACUACUGGGGCAAAACUCUACGUCAGCGUCUGAGGCACGUAGAAGCCUGGGCAGAGAGACAGGGACUGGAGCUGGCAGUUGACUGCCAUCUCAGCCGCGUAAUCCAGGCAACAAUAGUUCUGACCAUGACCCCUUAUUCUACACGAGAUGCUCAGACAAUUCAGUCCACAUGCUACAAGUUGAACUCUCUGCAGUUAAGGGCAUUGAUGAGCAAAUAUCACUACGCCCCAAAUCAACCCCACUUUCCACCAGGUUUGAUGGAGCACGUGGUGGCCUUGGCGGAGGCCACGACAGACGUCCUGAGGGGAGAGGGUGGAGACAUCCGACUGGAAGAGGAACUAGAUCUUCACCUGCCAUUCCUGUUGCCUGAGGACGGUUAUUCAAGUGAUUCCAUGCAUGGCAUUCCGCAAGGAUUUCAAGAGUUUUUAGAGCCCAUCUGUCGUACAGGUCUUUGUAAAUUAAUUCCUCAUACUAACUGCGUUGGCACUUGGACCGUCUUCUUUGGUACGUCAGAAUGUCCCACAGAGAGGUCAGCUUCAUGGAAACCGGUGAAAAUAAUUCUGAAGAAACCUCUGCAUGCUGGAAUGGGAGUGAGCAUUGUGGCAGCCAAGGGCGCUGGGCAGGAGAAACUUGGCAUUUUUAUAAAAUCUAUCGUCCAUGGAGGAGCAGCAAAUGUGGAUGGAAGACUGAAUCCAUGCGAUCAGUUACUCAGUGUGGAUGGACAGAGUCUUGUGGGGGUGUCAUAGGAAAGGGCUGCAGAGAUAAUGAUGCAAACUAGAUCAGUUGUAACGCUGGAAAUUGUUAAGUCAGCAGCGGUGUAUUAUGGUCUUGAGGAAAUGUUUGCCCAGCCAUCCCAAACAACAUCUAAAGACUAUGAUAACAGUGACCAGGUCACACGGACGUCCAGUGUUUCUGAUGUCCCUUCAGUGUCUGAUCCAUCAAGACCAUCAAAGACAUGGAGAUAUCAGCACACACUCAACAGACCAAACAAGAAACAAAACCAGAAACUGAUCAAAAAGAAACUGGAAUACUGUUCAAACCCCAACCUGGCAUGUGUUUUCCCCUUGGCUUCACUACCUGCUUACUUCUCCAUCUUCCCCAGGGGGAACCCAGAAAUACCUCUUCAGAUGUUGAAACAGGCACGUUCUCAAGACAAUCUUUGGAGUGAAGAUCAAGGACGCCCCUUAUUGGACAGACCAAAGUACUUGAAGAUGCAGCACGACCUGAGCAAAUGGAAAAGCCUUGGAUCCAUAUGUCCAAUGAAUUCCAACUACUCCAGCACACCAAUGGGACACUGGAACGGAUUUUGGAAGGUCCCCACAGCCGCCCCGUCGCAGCCGAAACGAGUGGAUGUCCCCUACUCACCACAAGCCAACACUCUUUCAUUCAGUACAUUCCGCCAGCCGGUACUGGAGAAAACAAUAGUCAUCCUGCAACCAACUCAAAACACAUCACAGAAUUACCCAAAAAACAGAAGCCCAUCUCAGCACCUAGGUGCUGACCCUGACCAGAACGGGCAUAAAAGGGUUGACAACACUAGCAAACUCCCCACUGGAGAUCCGUGGAAUCGGGAUGCUCAAGAGAAGCUGGAAAACCAGCAAAGGACAGACCAACUCAAACAAGUAGUUCAGCUGUUACAGGCCAAAGUGCAGCGCACCCUGGAGGAGAGUGACCAUCUGCGGAGGCUUUCUCUAGAACUACAGUUCCAGAAGAGACUAGAAGAGUUUCAGAUGGAUGAGAAUGAGGAAGAUGAGAGGACAGAAUGGAUGAGGCUUAAGGCAGGAAGCAAUAAAGAGUCUAACAAUAGCGAGAGUGGACUGCUGUGCAAGAAUGAAUCACCAGCUGUCCAGCAAUCGGAAGAUGGAGUUACUCAGGAAUCUACAGGAUGUGACAACAACGUCACACCUGAGAAGAUCUCUUCUGGCGAAUUGGAUCACAAAAGCUUCAAGACUCUGAGAUCUCCAGAGAAUCUGAGUUUUAAGGAGCGCCAGCAACUGUUUUCCUUGGCAAAAAUCACUUCAAGCAAAGUCAAAGUGUCCUGA